AUUAGUCUCACACGUGGACGGACAACACAGUCUGGCGUUUCUCGCGAUAUAUGUACAGACAACCUUAGAUAUUAAUAGCAUUUAAGUUGGACAACACGUAUUGAAGUGAAUUAAUUGUUAUCUUUAAUUAUUACGUAUUUGCGUUUAUCGUUUGAAUGUUUUAAGUUUUUUGACAAGAAUCGAUUAUUUAAAAUUAUAUUAAAUUGUAUGAUUUUUCAUAGCGCGAUCUCACUAGGACAGUUUUUAACUUUUGUUUAAUGUGUUUUGAUUGUAAACAAUGGUUGAUAAAAUUGAUUCUGUGUCUAAAAAAGUGGAUGAAAACGAUAAAUAUGUAGCUGAUCUGGAACAAGCUCUAACAGUAGUCGGUAUUGGUCGUUACAACUUGAAGUAUUGCAUGAACAUGACACUUUUUCUCAACGCCGCCAUAAUAGAGCCUCUGGGCUACUCGUACAUACUGCCGGCAGCACGAUGCGAUCUGGAUAUGUCAGAUACUCAGCGUGGUUUCAUAGCUUCUGUUCCAUAUAUUGGUAAGUAUACUCUACUUUUAUUAAAAAUAAAAAGCUAUCUGAACUUUGAACCAUGGAUAUUAUUAAAGUUCAAACGGGCCAGUACGUUUAAAUGCCAAUUUCAUAUUUAAACUCCUUAUUACAAUUAUUGUAUUUGAUCACUUUUGCAUUCACAAUGCUAUACUCGAAAAUAUUUUUCAAGAAGUCAGUUUAAUUGCGCUACUAGUGAGCCGAAAGAAACAUUUUUACAAAUAAUAUUUUGUUUAUUACAAAUUUUCAUAAAUUACCAUUAAAAGGUGUGUCGUUACUUAUAUUUCAAUGACUAUCUAUAUUCCAGGUAUUGUUCUGACAUCCUUUUUCUGGGGCUACCUUGUGGACACACGCGGUCGAAAGCCAAUCCUUAUAAUAAGCUCUGUGAUUGCUGGUAUCCUGAGUAUCCUGGCCGGCUUCAUGCCGGAACUUAUCAGUUUCACAGCCUGCAAAUUCCUCGUCUCACUAUGGUAUUUAUUAUUAUCUCAUCUUAUAGCAUUAGGGAUGAUGACUAAUUUUUGUUUGUUUGUCCGUCAGGUAGAGUGUUAAAACAUAUUAAACACGUAUUUUUUUAUUUUUUUCGUAAUCAUAAAAUUACGGCGUUACAUUGAGUUGAAAUUUCGCAUGACGUCACGUUAGAGUACGUUUUCUACUCAACUGUGACGUAACGAGCCCCCACUCCUCAACUUUAAUGCCUGUUAUCUAAGCUAUUUCUUGUUAAAUUGAAGUAAAAAGAAAAUACGUAUCUAAUAUUUUUCUAUUAUCUGACUGACGGACUAAAUAGAAUUGCAUUUUUUAUCCAGUCAUCAUCCCUAUUAUGUUAUAUACAAAUAGGUACGUCUAUGACGCUGUUACCGAUUUGAAGAUAUAAUAAAAAAUGAAAACACACGUGAAUUGUGUCCCUUUUUAGACAAUCAUAUAAAGACAAACAUAUCAAGUAAUUCUUUUGCUCUUAGUGUUGGUAAAAUAAUUUCUAGAAAAAAUGAGUUAAAUACAUAAUUUGAUAGAAAACUUCAAACUUUAUUGCAUUGUAAAAACAAUUUCAUCUUUUUAAAAUUGUUAAUUAACCAGUCUUAACAGCAUUGGUGCGAUAUUUAUCAAUUUGCACUGCAUUACAUAUUUAUCGAUGUCUCAUAUCUACCACUUUUCCAGUGGAUUUAAUCUUUCGUCUACCUGAUUUUUUUAAAUUGAUAAUUUGAUUUACUAACACCUGUUAUAAUUAAUAUAGUUAUGUCUAUUGAGUAUAAAGUUUAAUGGAUUAAAACUAAAUGCACAACCAGUCACAGGUAAACACAUCAUAUAUAUAAAACAGAAGAAUGUAACUAUCUUAAUGAAUAUUAAUAAUAAAAAAUAAGAAACUCAAAGAUAAAAACAAUUAAAAAUUACAAAUAAAAAAAAUACUUGAGUGAUAAAUAUCACGUCGUUUUUCUGCAUACACAUCUAAAUAAUUGCUGGUUAAAUUAUAAAGUUUACAAAUU